UGAAGGCAGUACCCUUUUCUGAACGUAGGAAUAUUUGUUUCAAUAUUCUUUUCCUGCCCCAUAACGUUCUGUCAGAGCAAUGAUGAGCACUACAUAUGCUCAAGAUACUUCUCUGACGAUAGCAUCAAGUUCAUUACACUUCAUUACCUACCUUCUGGCAUCAGUGUCACCAUGUUACCAAGUAAUUCCAGGGAAUGAAGAACUUCAGUACUGUGAAGAUAUUAGAGAACUUGUCACUUGUGUUCACUGAAUAUGAUAAGCUCAAGGCCUGAUUUCUCUUUUUUACUUGUUUCCUCGGAAUACUUUCAAGAAUAUCAGCUAUUUACGUACACAUCAAACCUCAUUAACAGUAACGGAUAAAAUAUUUUGGAGAAUCUUAAUCAGAUGUCUAUAUUUUAGGGUCCCUAACAUCUUGAUUGUAUAUUACUCCUUCUGUCCCUAGAAGAUUUACCAACUUUCAGAUGAUGUUCACUUACCUAAACUAGGAACCUUUUCCACCUUUAUUCAGUAUAUUUGAAUAUUAUACUACUUCAAAACAGAUAAAUUGACCACUUUUAUCCAUAUAAAAUCUUAAAGUUGAGGUAAUCUAUUGUAGAUUUACUUUUGAGCCCAAUUUUCUUUUAGAAUACAUUAUAGCUAUUUAUUUUUUAAUCAAGUAAAGUAUAAUUUUUUUAAUAAAAGGAAAGCUCCUGUAUAUACUUGAAUACAUUAUAGCUUAUAAAAAAAUACGUUAUAAGUCAAUUUCAGUGUUAAUCUCUAUGCCGGUUAAAAUAGACAAUCAAUUGGGGUAGUUUCAGUAAUUGAUUAAUGUGUUGCUGUUUCUUAUCACAUGUUCCUUGAUGGAGAACCUUUGAAAUCACGUUUAACUGAAAGUUUUCUCUUGUUAUUUUUAUACUUCCCAGUUUAGGUAAGUUUUCCUGUGACAGAAUGAAAUGCUGGUUUCAGUGCUUGUUAGGAUUUGGAUAAUACCAAUGCGAUGUUGUUAAUUGGAUUUAUUUAUGUUCUUACUGAUUGUUUACAUUUUUCUCAAUUGUAGAAUCCAGUAUAUUGUAAUGAUGACAGUUACUAAGUUCCUGAGAGUUCUUUUCUAUGUCCUACGUAAAAUUUGUCAACUAUCAAAAAGAAAAAAAAAGGAAAAAUAAUAUUACUCCAUAAUCAGUUCAAGUUCAUCUGAAAUCAAAUAGUUUUCUCAAGUGAUUUUAAUUUCUUCCAGGUGAUGAGGCAAUCAGAGUUGUGGUCAAAGUACAGGUUCAGUUGCUGCUGUAAACGAUGUAAAGCAAUGGCUACAUCUUAUAUAGAUCACUGUCUGCAGGAAAUCUUAAUUUUAAAUCUCGACUGUUCAAAUAUGGCUUCUGGUGACCAUUUUUAUAGGGAUCGUUUAAUGGAGAAGCUUGCGGAUUGCUUGGAUGAUGCUAUAAGUGACUUUCUGUCAUUUAGUAACCCCAAGUGUUGCUGUGAGAAGCUCGAGAUCCUGCUUACUCAAGAUCACGUCGACGUAGUUCUGACACCAAAUGGAGAAAAUUUACAUCGACUCUUCAGAUUGCAUCCUCUUCACCAUGUCUCUUUGCAGGCCUACAUGACACUGGCUUCUGCAUAUAAAGUCUAUGAAAGUGACCUGCUGGCCCUAGAUCCUGAAUGCGAUAAACAUCAAAACGAUGCUUUUCGUAUGAGCAGAAAGAGCGCAGCAUAUUCCUUGUUGCUCGCAGGUGCAACCCACCAUCUAUUUGAAUCUGAAUCUUCUCUCGUGGUGCCUUUGUCAAAUUUUUGGACGACUGCUGGUGAGACCUUACUAAGUCUUGUCAAAAGCUCUAUAUGGAACUCAUUUCCAAAGGGGAGGCACAUUGAAGAAAUUUCAUUUUGGUCAUGUCAAAUUUGUGGCAAAUGCACACUGCUUGAUAGGAUUAGGGUUACUUUUACAAAUAUUCAUGACCGAAAUGCAGAAUUUGCUGAGGUAACUAGCCAAUUUCUGAACUGUGUUACCAAUAUAACACCAAAAAUCUGGGGUUUUAUCAUUGCGGAAGGUGGUGGUUACUUGAAAGAAGUUGUCGAUCCCAUUAAUUUAAGAUGGCUCGAGAGUAGGACGCCAUCUGUUACUCAUUUUGCAACUCAUGCUACAAGUGGUAAUGCAAAGGAAACAGAUUCCGGAUUUGCAGCAGUACAAUGUCACAGAGAGAUGAAGGUAAAUCUAUUCCAGCUUAGUAUUCACUGCUUACUCUAUGGAGCAUUUUUGUCGACUAUAUGUUUUGGUCCUCGUUCGCCACUGAUGUCUAAAGUCGAAAAUCUUCUAAGUGACGAGGGUAUUCUGAAUAGUUAAGCCAUUGGUUAUUGUUUGUAGUAGUCUUUAAGUUGUUGAGCUGCAUGAUAAUACACUGAAAUCUAAAGCUAUUUUCUGGCCAGUCCAUACUAACUUUAGCUUUGCUUGGUACUUUUUCCACAUUUUGAGUGUACAUACAAUGAUCCAACUCAGUUUUGGCCGUUGAUUUAAGAUCCUAGGAGUUUAUUGUCUU